AGCGCUACUAAGUAGAUGUAGAUCCGUGCCUACCGGGCCAAUUUUUUUUUGUGUAGUGGGUCGACGUAAGUUCAAGUCGCAAUAGUUUGUCCGAUCAAGUCCAAACGGUUCUUGUUUAGAUGCCGGCGUGCGCUGUAAGGGUAACUGCUUAACUGGGACAGGGACUUAUUGCGUUUCAUAAGAACCGAGUGUAAGAAAAGACCACCUCCUGGCGCAGCUGGCUUAUCGUAUACAUACGAGCUUGACUCGAGUUUAGGCGUUGGUACGUAGGUACAAAAUGAGCAACCAGAGCGGUACCUCGCCCCUCGUUGGAACUUCAAGUUCUACUUCCUCCACGUCUCGGCCGCGAAACACAACAAGAAAGGACGAUGGUUCUAAGAACCUCACGGCCUCUGAAGGAGACACCGCUGGUGCAUCCAAAGAUCCUCCUAUUCAGUACCACGCGUCGCGAACCAGCACCAUCACCGCCGUUUCCGAGACCAGUCCCCGGCAGGACUCGGCGGAAGCGGAGACCGAGGCGAUCCUGCACGACUUGCAGAGCGAGGAUUUGCGAAGCUUCCACAUAAGACUCAAGGGAAACGAGAACGAGAGAUUCGAGGUGGGUUCCUCCUCCGCGACGAGUGGACUGACCUCGUCCAUCGAAAGCUCGGAGAAGAGCGACGUGUUGUCUUCCCCCGGCUUGCUGUCGCCGCAGGACGACCAGAAUAUGGGCGGAGGCGGUUCUCGGUUGCUGGUGGAGAAAAACGGUAAAGAGACCGUGGUCACCGCGUUUCAUACAACUGGCCGCGUUGUUGAGGGCGGGACAAAAUCACCUCGUCCAGGACAUCAGCCGGAUCUAUUGGACGAUAACCACACAGCGAUAUUCGACCGCGAACGCGCCGACCGCGAAGUCGCAGCGGAGUUGCAGAGACAGAAGAACAGUGAGGACAGAGCAAUUUCCGGGUCACCCCAGCAGGAGCCGCCUGAGCGCAACCCGAAAGUGGACAGCCAACUACCAGGAGAGCCACAAUCCACACCUGUCGUCGCUGAAGACGACCCGCACGCGCCGCCCGAGUCAGAAUUGCGAAAAAGGCGCGGCAUUAGGAGCACAACAGCAGGCAGCUCGAACCGCCCCGCAUCGCCCACGAACUCUGCGGUGGAGAAGGAGAAGAUAAAGCAGAGCCUCUUCCAUCCCUUGCAACAAACCCCCCUUCCGGUGAGGAGACGCAGCAGUACGCACGAGCAUCAGCAUUUGGACAGAUCUUCCGGCUCCGAUAAUUUGAAGCCCAGGAUCAGAUCCGCCUCGAAAGACUCCGUGCAGCAAAAUCAUGCUGUCGGGCCCCAAAUAACCAGCGCCCGUGCCCGCUCUGCGACGAAGGAUUUCAGCUCUUUGAAAACUCAGCCGAAGCCGCAUUUAGCACCCGCGCCCAGUCCGACAGGCGGGCUGUUUCCGACGGAGAGGGGGUCCAGGGCGUUCUGGCUCCUUUGGCUCGCUCUGGGAUUGUCCUCGACGUUGCAGGCGUUUGGGUUCUCCACGUUGACGUGUCAGUUGUCGGGGUGUUUCUGCGUCUUGCUGUGGAUACAACGGAAUAUUGAGUUAACCGUCAUCGCGGUGGAACUGUUUCUCCACGUGCCGGGCAUCUUCUUCCGCGAAUUCCAGUCCCGGGGCGCGCACAAAAUUCCGCAAGACGCAUGCAUUUUGUGCAUCGCGCCGCACAACAACCAGGUAUAGAGGAUGUUUUUCUGCAAAUAGUCCAGGUUUUCCAAUUCUGUCUUGGUGCAGCGCGCUGGAUACUUAGCCUUGUAUCGAUCUAGGUGGUUGAAGCCGAAAAUCAGAUUCUCGACAUGGUUCUUGAAUUGUCUUUAUCGACACGAACACAAAAGUUUAAAUAAUGCUCUUUUCACAGUUCCUCGACCCGCUUGUAGUCGGCCGCGCCUGCCAAGGCCGCAUCGCCGACCCGAUUGGGUACGUCAUCGCCGCCCAUACGCUCCGCCGCCCGUACCUCGGUCACGUCGCGAAGCUGUUCGACCCCAUACCCGUGGAGCGGCCGCAAGACAACGCUACAAAGCACUCGGUGAAGAUAAAAGUGCAGGGGGAUAGGGUUUUACUGCAUCGAGAAGUUGACGAAGUUACGAAAACAACCGGCGACGAGGAAGAUAUAGCGAAAACGAAAGCCAAAACUUCUACCUCUUUCCACGACAUUCUGUCCCCGGGCUGGAUGGUUAUGUUUGGGCAGAAAAACCUCCAGAACGGCGUUGUCACGGAAGUCCUGGGCGAAACCGAGUUGAAACUGAAAUUUCCAGUAACGCAGCAAACGGACGACGUCGUCGAGCUAAAUUCCUUCAAAGUCGCCCCGGCGUCGGAUUCCCGCGCGCUUCUCGACGCGUGCAUCGAUCGGUUGGACAAGCACCGGGUGGUUGGGAUUUUUCCCGAAGGCGGGUCGCACGACAGGACGAGUCUGUUGGAGUUCAAGCCGGGUGUGUCCUUGCUGGCUUUGCAGGCCAGUGUGGAGCUGAAAAGACCAAUUCCGGUUGUCCCGGUGGGGCUGAAUUACUUCAAGGGGCAUCAGGUAAUGAGGUUGAAAAGAAUUUUUUUUUUUCAGGUUGAAUUAUCGUAGAGAUGGAUGAAAACGUGCAGCAGCAGGUUUCAUCUUCUAAUCCUGCUUUUCCUGCACAGAGUCGCAUAGCCGACUGUCAUUGUUGAUCCACAUUAAUUAUUCACUGCCCUCUCACCCACCACAGUUUCGCAGCCGUGUUUUUGUGGACAUUGAGGACGCGAUUUACCCCUCCGAAAACCUGCUCCAAGAUUAUCUCGACCCGGAUAAGCGCCGCAGCGCGGUGGCCACCUUUCUCAAGCAGAUCACGAAAUCGUUGAGGAACGUCACGACGGAGACAGACGAUUUCGAAACGCUGAAGCUCUACUGGGCCCUCCGGCGACUCUACCUGCCCCCGGGGCAUCAGAAACUUUCUUUCGAACAGAAGCAAAAAAUGACCCGCGCCUUCGCGGAGGGCUGGCCGCAGUUCAAGGAGAUGCCGGAGAUCCAGGAAUUGUGUGCGCGGGUGAAGAAAUACACGAGUCUCUUGCAGGACUACGGGAUCCACGACUACAUGGUGGCGAAACUUUUCCCGAGGCAUGCGGUAGUAUCUUCUUCCGCAGCGGCGGACCAAGAUGGAGAAGGCGGCACAGUAUUUGAAAGCAACUCCGUGGGCUCUGGCUCUGCUUCCCCCCCUUCCGAUAGCGACAGAGGCAGUGCGAUAAAAGAGCAGGAUUUUCACUCUCAUGCUCGCCGCGCAGCUGCUCCCGGUAGUAGUACUUCUACCGCUUCAUCUUCAUCAUCUACCUCUAGCAACAACUCAGCCAACAUUCGAGCCGGGUUGAGGUACACGUUAAUCCACCGAGCGUUAUUGUUACUCUCUUUCUCCCUGAUCUGCAUCCCCACCACGGUCCUCGCGUCCCCGGUGCUGCUGCUCUCCAACUACGUCGCGAAAUCGAAGGCGAAGGAAGCGUUGUCGCGGUCCAACGUGAAAAUCGCCGCCAGGGACGUGAUGGGCAGCUGGAAGGUCUUGACCGCAAUCGCCUUGGUGCCGGCUUUGCACUUUCUCUACACGUAUUUCGUGUACACCACGGUGAACGAGGCGUAUGGAUUACUGUAUCAAAAGGAAAAAUCCCCCCUCCCCACAUCAAAAGGAAGUUUCUGAUGCUGGAGUUGUGUACACAAAUCAGGUCUGUCUUGCAGUAGAGGACUGCAAGCCCAUUAUAUCAAACCUAAGUAGAAGGGUUUUGCCGUAGGCGCGGAGCAUGGCAAAUGUGUACUCUGUAGGCCCCAUGCAUGCACUCUGCAGAAACCGCCUGCAUAGUGCGGCGGAGUCGCUGGAUUGGCCUUCUUGCAAUACAGAGGCGAUUUGUGUCCACGAAUCAGCAUCGCAAAUUUUCAGAAGUGUCCCUUUUUGGUAUGGGGAGGUGGGAUUUUUCCUCACGAUAUACUGUUCUUCUUCUUCAUGCCGUUCGUCUACUUCUGGAGCCUGCUGAUCGGAGAGAACGUUUUGCGGAUCGCCAGGUCCAUGAAGCCGCUGUUCUUGAUUCUGUCCUCGCCCAGUUUGGUCGAGGAGCUGUACUUUUUGCGGAAAGAUUGCGUGAAGCGGACGGUUCAUGCGGUCGACGAACUCGGGUGGGGCUUGAAGGUGAUCAACAGCGCUAGCCCGAAUGUGAGUCUGAUACAGGAAUAGAGAAAGAAGUGAAGCAGACCAAAUAAACUUAAACCUUUUCUUUCAGUCAGACCCUGGCGCGUCUCUCUCAGUCAUGAACGAGUCUGCCUUCGCAGCUGUAGCCGCGAAGCACAAGAGUACAAAAGCACGAUAAGUGGCGGCGCCACUGCCCCCACAAAAAGAACAUGACCGAAU